CGAUCAAAAUGGUGAACAAUAUGGAUCACGGUUUGCCCAAGUUUUCUCUUCUAGGUUAUGAUGAUUGAAAGAUCAUGAUGGAAGCACACCUCUACGCUCUACAUGAUUGCAUGUGGAUGGUGCUUGAGGAUGGACCCUUGAAAAUCCAAAUGGAGAAUCCUGAGAGGAAUCUAGCAACUCCAGAUGUAGUCCAGUAUAUUCCAAAGCCCAAAGAAAAAUGGGAUGAUAGAGAUUGCAAAAAGCACAAUCUGGACAACGUCGCCAAAGCAGCCAUCUUCAAGACACUUGAUCCCAUCACCUUCUCCAAAAUCAAGCAUCUCAAGACUGCCAUGGAGAUAUGGCAAGGUCUUGGGAAGCUAUGUGAGGGAUCAGAGGACUUGAGAAAGCAGAAGAUAGAAGUCUUGCUUGAGAAGUUCAAAGGCUUCAAAAUGCUUCCUGGAGAAUCAUUCGAUAUGUUGGAUGAAAGAUUCCACAAAAUCUUAAAUGAUCUUGCCUCACUUAACCACGUUCUUUCUCCCAAAGAAAAGAAUGUAAGGUUGCUGAGAUCUCUUCCAACUGAGUGGUACACCAAAGCCACAGCCAUGGAAGAAGGAAGAAAUCUGGAAAACUACACUGUCCAAGGUCUCCUAGAUGAGCUCAGAACCUAUGAGCACGAGCUGAAGAAGAAGAAGGAAGAACAAGUCACUCCCUUCCCCACGGCACUGAUGACAACUCCAAGAGUCCCAUCAAGUGAAGGGACAUGCCCAAGAAGCUGUGACACACCUUCCUCCAGCCAGCCGUCAAGCUCAAAAAUGGAGAACUACGAUGAGAAAUUUGCCAUGAUGGUCAAGCAAUUCCGGAAGUUCAAGAAGUUCUUCAAGAAGGCUGACUCAGUCAGAAGGCCAACCAAGGGAAAGCCACAAGUAAGUGACUCCCCUCCUGAAUCUUAUUUGUGUUAUAACUGCAGGAAACCUGGCCACUGGAAGUCAGCAUGCCCGUACCCAAAGGUGGAAAAGUACGGAGAGAGAGAAAGGAACGAGAAGCAAAAGAAGGCAAUGGUUGCUGCUGAAAGUGAUGAGUCAUCCAGCUCAAGCUCAGAUGAAGAAUCCCUCGUCUGCAUGGAGCGCAGAGUUGAAAAGUCCAACCAUGAGGAUAGGUGGACUAUGUCAGAAGAUGACACUCUUUGCCUAAUGGCCAAAGAUGAUGCUGAUCAAGAGGUAACUUCACAAACCUCCUGCUCAUCUUCUUAUGAAAGCAUACCAACUUCUGAAAAUCUUUUUGACCAGUUCAAAAAGAUGAUGGUAGAUUUUGAAGAAAUAAAUCUCAAACAUUCAUCCUUAACAGAGGAGAACAAACUAUUGAGUGAAGAGAAUCUCAAGUUAACUGAAGGUCGGAAAAGUCAAUUGAAUGAGAUCACUCAACUCAAAACUGAAAAUGAAUCUCUCUCUGAAAAGGAAGCCGCUAAGUACCCAGGUGUCUGGUACUUAGACAGUGGCUGCUCAAGACACAUGACGGGUGAUGCGAGCCUUUUGAGCAAUCUAAUUCCCUAUGAUGGUCCAAGAGUUACUUUUGGAGGAAGCAAUGAUUUCAGCCUUACUAAAGGACUAGGAAAUCUGGUGUACAAAGGACUAACCAUCCAAGCUGUUUCUUAUGUAGAAGGUCUCAAUUAUAACCUUCUUAGCAUAAGUCAGUUUUGUGAUAAAGGUUAUUCCUUGGAAUUCUGCAAGGACAUGGCAUCUCUCAAGAACAUCUCCACAAACAAAGUCAUUCUCACUGGGAAGAGAAUCAGAAACAUCUAUGAAGUAAUGUGGGAUAAUGUCAAGGAAGCAUGUCUAAUUAGCAAAGGGGGUACAAAGGUGAAGCUUUCGCAGAAGAAAUUGGGAGAAAAGCUUCGCCUUCCCAAUUCUGGAGUUGAAGUUGGGAAAUUUCCAGUCAAAAAUCUGGACUGGAACAUCAUUGGAAUCUCUGGGCAAAUUCCUUCUGGCCCAGCAAAGAAAGCAGAUCUCAACAAUGAUUACAAGUUGAUUUUGGAACUGGUCAUCGCCUGCCUCGAGUGUGGAAGUGGAGGUCAUGCCGAUGACAUCACCCAGGAGAGAGCCUUCAUCAUCAACGCUCUCAUUGCCAAAACUAAGAUAAACUGGGCUGCACACUUUUUCAAUUCCAUCUCAAAGCAUUUGGGAAAGCCCAACCAGAAAUAUCUCUGUCAAGGACUAUACCUUGGACACAUUUUGGAGUCUAUGGGUAUUGCUUCUAAAGGAAAAAAAGAAAGCUCAUCAGAUAAUGUCCCACUCAUCCACAUGGCAAAAACAGCCAAAAGAAAGCAAGUGGUGUCCCCCUCUCCAAGUGUUGAAGCACAGAACCUUGCUUUGAUCUGCUUGGAAGAGGAAGAAGAAGUCUCUGACCAUGGAGAACUUCAAAGGAAGAAGAAGAGAAAGAUCAACUCUUCAUCAACAUCUGGAAUUGUCAAUCCGGAUGAGUUGAAGGAGAAGGAAACUGCUGAGGAAACCUCUGUUCAAAACCGGAGCCCUCAACAACCUUGGAAAGUUGGAAAUUCAGAAGAGCAGCUGUUGGAUUGGGACCAACAGCUGAAGAAUGAGAAGAUUAUCAAGAAGUGCUUAGGUAUUCCAGUCAACCACAACUGUGAAGAUAUUUUGAAUGAUUACUGGGUAUGGCAAAAGAACCCUGAAGACCUGCAUAUGGAAUACCUGGCCAACACACCAGUUUCAGACUGUGAAGCAUAUGAUGAAGACACUGCAGUCUUCAAGCCAGUCUUCUCAAAAGCCACAGAAGAUCAAAUGGCUCUCACCUCUGAAGAAAUAGCUGGUUUGGAAGCAACAGCUGAAGAUUUCCCUAUCUUUCCAGAAACCUCACCUGCGUUUGAAAUAGUUCUGACUGAAACUGUUCAAGAGAAGGCAGCCUCUCCCCCACAAGAGCAGAACCAGGAAGCAACUGAAGAAGAAGAAUUUCAGCGACUGAUCCAAUCUCAAGUGCUCGAGAUCCUCACAACUCCUUGUGAGAUCUCCAAUCAGACACAACUUGAGAUUCUAGAAAAGUCAGCAGAAAUUCCAGAACAGUCAGCUAUUCUAGAAACCAUGGAGAAAGCAGUAGAAGUCCAAAGGCACUCUGGAAAAGUUGAGAAGGAAUCUCAGAUGGCAGAAGUGGAGGUCUCUCAAACUCCAAUAGCCAUCUUUGAAGAACCAAAUGAAGCUGAAGAUAGUGACUCCCUCUCUAGAUACAUAUCAAAUUUUGCACUUGAUGAAGCAGAAGGAGAAUCUGAGAGGACACUAAAGGUCACUGAUGAAGAAGAUGUACAAGAAGAUGCUGAAUCUCUUCCUUUGCAACUCUUCCAAAGGACAUCAUCUCCUCAUCAGAAGGUCCAAGGGCUGAUUGAAUCAGCCCUAGCAUCUCAACAUGCCUCCUUUAGGCAAGAGAUAGAGCUAAUGGAAGCCAAACACACUCAGCUGAUAGAGAAAUCUGAAGAGAAACACAGCGCUGAUCUCAAGGAGAUAAGUAAAUCAGUAGAAAAGACUCUAGAGAUCAUCUCUCUAUUGAGUAAAACUGUGAGCAAUACGAUGGAAAUAUACACCUCUGACAGUCAACUGCAAUUCAAUGAAUUCAACAAAGUCAAGGAGCAAAUAGCAAAUGUCACAGUUGGUCUACAAAAACAGAUGUCCCUUCUCCAAAUGGACAUCAGAUCAGCCCUAGCAAUAGCUUCAGCAAAUCAGCACCUAUCCAGCUCAGGACUGGAUGGAACAGAAUUUAUAGGUGCAGUUGCUGACCACUUCUCAGAUGCUACUCAAUCAGAAGAAAGGCGUGAAAACUUAAAGCGCAUCAAAGAACUGUGUGGGAACAUGCAGGGCAUCAGUGAGGUUGCCGGAUCUUCAAAACGCAAAAGGAACUGAAGGUUCUUUUCAUCAAACCAGGGGGAAAGUAUGUGAAAACACUAAUUUGUUUUGAUGAAAACACCUUCUUGUUUAAACAUUGCUUGAUUGGUUUAAACAUUGCUUAAGUAUGUCUUAAUUGCGCUUAUUAUACUUAAUUAUGCUUAUCUCAAGUAUGGUUUUGUCUUAAUUAUUUCUUUCUGAAGCGCAUACAUUCAGGGGGA